UUUACUCCCCAGCAGCUGCUCUUGAACGAACUCGAACGCAACCCGGGGAACUUACAAAACGUCAAGUAUGAUCGUGAAGCGUGAAUACUACGAAAUAUUUGCAUCUAUUCUCAACGACUUCGGGGAAGGACGCAUAAGAUUUACUUACGAACAAUUCGCUACGGCCGCCAAGGCCAUCGGAUUCAGUCGACGCGGCGGAUGCGAGUUGAUUCCGCCGUCGAUAAUUGGUAAGAAAGUCUUUUGUUUCAUCAAGGAUUCGAUGGGGGGAAGGGAGACCGAACGGUCCCACCGGAGACGCAAGAACGGUGGAAAGUCGAGCUCUACAAUAUGUAUGGUUGGACGUCGGAGACGUUCAUUGUCAGUAAAGUCGAGGAGCACGUUGAGGACUGAACAGCAUCGGGGUGGCGAUGUCUUGGUGGCGAGGGAUGGUCUAGAUCAUGUGGGGAGCAUACGCUUGGCGAAAUGACGUGGGAAUAUAUGUCGUAUUGUGAUUGGCUGUGGUAAACCGAUGCG